ACGGACCUCAGUGCGCACGCGUGAAGGCGGCUAAAUUCAAAACUCAAGACGUUAGCAUCGAGACUUGUUCGCAUUAGCUUCAAAUUGUUACGUAUCGUAUGUAAUGUGGUUGAAGAUAAACGACUUGAAAAUGGUUUCAAGUUAGUUAAGAAGUAAUAACAAAAAACGUAUUUGUCUUAGAACGCCGCAACAUCUCAAUCAACAAUAGCAAGUUGACGAUGGAGCCUCUGGAUCCUCCAAAGAAUAAUGAAGGCAGUGGAUUUUCAAAGCGCCGCCUUUCCUCGAUUUUAAAAGCACCACGGAAAUCAGCCAGGUUCGCUGACCAAGAUCAGCAAGAAAAUGUGGUGGAACGUGUCAAACCAGUGGAAAAGAGGAAUUCAAGACGAGUCAGUUUUGCCCCUGCUAAUGACGUCCUUCUGUUUUCUAAGGAUGUCAAAAAUGGCUCCCCUGUCCGAAGCCCUUUGCAAGAAAUAAUAACAGCAACAGGAGCAACAACCACACAAAAUAGGGUGCAAGUGGGAGUCACUGAAGAUGGGAGUGAAAUCAUUGGUAUGGAAACUCUUUUGAAUGCUCCUCUACAUGUUUCCCAACAAAAGGAUAAGGCCACUGGAGAUGACUUUGGGGAGAAAACAGUGAUGUUUUCCACAGAAGACGCAGCCAUGGACAUGACCCAAAGCCACACUAUAAAUAUUGCUGCAGACAUACCUGAAGAUAUACCCCUUGACAACUAUGACAUUUUCCCAGUUCUUGGAGAAAAUCGCUUGAUAGAUGAUAAAGCCACAGUCCUACCACUAUCCACAGGCAGAAUUGUCGACGUAAGCACAUCAUUGUCAUGUUUGGAUCCUGGAUUUGAAAACUUCCUUGCAAGUCUGUCUAAACCAGGUGGCCAGAGCACUAAUGCUGUAAACAUCACGAUGACUCUUCCUGCUGAACCAUCCUCCGAAGAAACAAAAGGCUCCCUGGUCCAGAUUAAAACACAAAGGCCUAAUUUGGAUAAAGAAAAUCAAGUUCCAGUGUCCGUUUCUGCUCUGAUGGAGAAGACACCACAUAACACCAGGAAAACUGGAGAAUCAUCCUAUAGGAGUGCACUCUGUCCAGAAGAUGAUGUGAGCAUGGAUAUGACUGAAGCCCAGACAGGUCGCAUCCUGGGAGUCUGUGAUGAUGACGAUAAUCCUUUCCAGUGUCUUUUUCCUACUCAAGACAUGUACACCCACUCACAGAUGAAACGGCAGCAGAGCAGUAAAGCAUCAGGAUUAACCAACCCAAAAGAUAAAGUGUCCUUGAUAAAUCCUCUCGUACCUGCUCCUCAUCAAAGACACAAGGUGAGCUCUGAUGCGAAAAACGAAUGCAGAGAGAAGACAGUAGUGUUUGCUGGAGAUGACGAGUUUAUGGACAUGACUGGGUGUCACACAGUAAACAUCGCCUGUGGUCCAUUGGUUCCAGAGGAAAAAUCAGCAGAUAUUGAUAAAGAGAACUUGCCACUAAAUACCACUCAAAAUGUUAGAGAGCCUUUUAAAGGCAUUACCAUCUGUCCUGAACUAGACAUGGAUAUGACAGAAGCUCAAACUGGCCACAUUUUGGAAGGUGUGCAGGACGAUCCUUUUCAGUUUCUUUUUCCACCACAAGACAUGUACACCCAUUGUCUCAAGAAAGCAGUCCUGAAUAGUACUUCAGGAGAGCGGAUAAGUGAAGCACUCAAAUCAUCUAACCAUAAAGGUAUUGAAGCUUCAUCUUUAAAGGCACUAAAAAAUCAGAACAAACCUGACAUUGAGAACAACUACAGCGACAAAACAGUGAGAUUUUCUGCAGAUGAUGCCUGUAUGGAUGUGACACGAAGUCACACUGUAAAUAUCCACCAGUUGCAAGUACAGUCUGACCAAAAUUUUGACUUUUUACCUGCUAAAGAGAAAACUUUAAGAUUCACUCCAGAUGACAGUAUUAUGGAUAAGAAUUAUGGCCUCACUACAAACACUUCCAGUGAUUCAGCGUCCAAUUCAGUUAAUUCUGAGAAGAAACAAGACCGUCAAAUAUGUGAUCUGCCUAGGAACACAUCUUUGUCAGCACAUAGUUUGGAUCCAGGGUCAAAAAACCUUACAGCUUCCUCCAGCAUUAAUCCUAUAAUUACUAAAAUGACCUCUAAUGGAAAUGCAGUCUGUCCUGAAGGAGACAUAAGCAUGGACAUGACUGAAGCUCAAACUGGCUACAUUUUGGAAGGGGAUGCAGGCACAGCUACAGAUGGCCGUCUUCAGGAUCUUUUUCCCACGCAAAGCAUACACCCCCAAAGUGGUAAUGUCAGAAAAGCUGACUGGCAGAACAGUAAAGCAACUGGAUUAUCAAGCUGUAAAGGUAAAGAAAAUUUCCUGAAGACUUCUGGAAACACAAAGGUGCAAAGACAGCAGGUUAAGCUUAAUGUGGAAGAUGACUGCAAAGAGAAGACAGUGGUUCCUGUUGCACAAAGUCUCACAGUGAACAUUGUCAGUGAUUUAGAACUGCAGUCUCACCAAGACACAGGCCUCUUACCUGCUAAUGGAGAAAAGACAGUGAGGUUCAGUAUAGAUGAUGCUGCAAUGGAUGUGACACGAAGUCACACUGUGAACAUUGCCACCGAUGUAAACCUGCUGUCAGAUCACAGUUUACCUCUCCAUGGAGAAAAGACGGUGAGGUUUGGUAUAGAUGAUGCUGCCAUGGAUGUGACACGAAGUCACACUGUGAAUAUUGCCACUGAUGUAAACCUGCUGUCAGAUCACAAUUCAGACCUUUUACCUCCUACCGGAGAAAAAACUGUGAGGUUCAGUACAGAUGAUGCUGCCAUGGAGGUGACACGAAGUCACACUGUGAACAUUGCCACCAAUCUAAACCUGCAGUCAGAUCACAAUUCAGACCUUUUACCUCCUAUCGGAGAAAAAACUGUGAGGUUUGGUACAGAUGAUGCUGCCAUGGAGGUGACACGAAGUCACACUGUGAACAUUGCCACCGAUGUAAACUUGCUGUCAGAUCACAGUUUACCUCUCAAUGGAGAAAAGACGGUGAGGUUCGGUACAGAUGAUGCUGCCAUGGAGGUGACACGAAGUCACACUGUGAACAUUGCCACUAAUCUAAACCUGCAGCCAGAUCACAAUUCAGACCUUUUACCUCCUAUUGGAGAAAAAACUGUGAGGUUUAAUACAGAUGAUGCAGCGAUGGAUAUGACACGAAGUCACACUGUGAACAUCAUCAAUGAUUUACAACUGGAGUCGCACCAAAACACCAGUGCCGUACCUCCUAGUGGAGAGAAAACAGUGAGGUUUACUACCAGUAAUCCAGCUACUGAUGUGACACGAAGUCGCACUGUAAAAAUUGCCACCGAUUUUGACAAGAAGUUGCAUCAAAAUGUGGAUUUUCCACUUACCUCCGAAGAGAAAACAGUGAGGUUCAAUGCAAAUGAUGGAGCAAUGGAUAUGACGGAGUGCCUCACUAUAAGUAUUCCAAGUGUUUCUGCACCAGACCCGGUUCUACCAUUGCAAAAGGUUCUGCCCAUUCAGGAAAUCCAAGGUCUUUCUUUUAAAGUAGAGAAAUCAAAUAGUGAGGCCCGUGGUCUGCAUGGAAACAUAUCUUCGUCAGCACAUGAAUUUAAAAACUUGUCAAACACAAGUGGCCCGUGGACUGAUAUUAAACAACAGGACAAUGAUAUACCAUCCCCUCAAAAAGCUACGGACCCAAGGGACAUACUGAUACAGCUUAAAACACAGAAACCUGCUAUGAAUCCUGAAAGUGAAGCUCCAGGUUUGGUUUCAUCUUUCAUAAAGAAGCCAGUAAGUACAACCAUGAUGGACUGUACAGAAAUCAAUGUGAGCAUGGAUAUGACUGAAGCUCAAACAGGAUGCAUUUUGGGUCAGAUGUGCACAGAUGACCCCCUUCAGUGCCUGUCCUCCACACAAGAUCCCAAUUCAGACCUCACACAGAGGAGUGGUGAUUUGGUGUUAUCCAAUCCUGAUGACCAGGAAAUUGUGAAUGUGCCAGAUUCUCUUAACUCAAACGAAAGGGAGAACACAGAAGAACCUGAACCAAGAACUACAGCUUGUCUGAUAUCACAGGAUAUGGAAAGGUCACCCAAUUUUGCUGGCAAGGAUGCUGAUGCGUUGUGCUCACGAAAGUCUAGACGAAUCAGUUUAGCUGAUAUUCAGUCAAAAGUAAGGCGUUUGAGUCACAUGAUAAGUGCAGCUCCCAGUGCAGUUGGAACCGAUAACUGCACUGCACCUUUGCAUCAUUUGGAGCAAGACCUCGAGAAAAACUCAAAAGAUAAAACGUUACCCGUCACUGUGGCAGACCCAGAAGCUGAAAUGGAAUUGGUAAACACUGAAGACAAUGCACAAGCUCAGUGUUUUAUAGAAGCAGAGCAUCCCAGUGAUGCUAUUACUACAACUCCUUUCAGCUCAAAGACCAAACAGCUUAUGUCAAGAAUCUCACUGGGAGGCUUUAAGCCGAAACUGCCCCAAAAAUUCAAACCUGAUGAGUCAAAGAGAGUGAAAUCUUCAGGACAGCAUACAAAGAUGAUCACCGUCAACGUUGCCAAGGAGGUGAACACCUUUGAUGGUGAUGUUAGUGAUAUUUACAAUGAAGAGCUGGGUAGUUAUGAAGAUAUGUCAGAAACACUGGACACUAGAAGUCCUCAGAAAAGUCCAGAGUUCAACAUGGUUGAGCCUUUAGAGGACACUGUGUUUGAAGAUGUUAUUAACCCUGUUCAUGGACAAAAGAGACUUCUGCCAGAAGAUAAAACUACUGUGGAGGAUCAAAAGAGAAUGAAAGCAUCCUGUGAGACUGUUGAAGUGUCAGAGGUCAUAGAGUGUGACAGUAAUAUAACUACAGCUCGUACGACUACACAGACAAUAGAUUCCUCCAGCAAUCACACAGCCAGCAUCAAAUGCGAAACUGCAUCUGAGUCAACUUUUAAACACAGCUUGUUUGAAUCUCAGCUUGAAGACAGUGCUGUUGAUGUGCAGAUGAAACUCAAAGAUGGCACCAUAACGGUCUUGGAGUUUUUUAAACUCUUCGGCAUUGACUUUGUCAUCCAUAAUCCUCGAGAGAGUGUCCUUCCUGGCAGAUUUUUGUCAGACACAGAGGCCUCACCAAUGGAUGUACUGAAAGACCAACAUAUCAGUCAUCCUAAACAGAUGGUCUAUGAGACGGAUGUCUUUAACCUCACAGGAAAGGUUGAAGGGCUGAAGGUGCGAAUGCGGGAUCUAAACAAACCUCUUAAUACUGUCAAUAGAUCUUUGUGGGAGGACAUGAGAUAUGCUUCAGAUAAAGAGCUGAAAUCUUUCGGGGCUAAACUAAAGGAGAGAAAUAACUUCUUCAGAAAAACAAGCAAAGUUCAGUCACAUGAAAUGAAGGAGGUUCUGUACUCAAAUCUUGUGCAGGCGAAUCUGGAGGAGCAGCAGAAGUUAAGAGGAAGAAUUCAGGAAGCAGAUGAGAUGAUAAAAACUCUGGAUGACUGUAUUUGUGAAUUAGAAACAGAAUUAUCUGCAGUUGAAGAAAAAGGGUUUGAAGACAAACCAAGUCUGAAGUCGCUGCAGGAAGAAAUGAAGAGAGUCACUGAGACGACGGCUGAUAAUGAGAGACAAAUAUCUGAACUAGAGAUGCAGAAGAAGCAGAAUUCAAGUAAAGUCAAAAGGCUUCGAGCUGAGGCGAGGAACCUGGAGAUUCAUAUGGGCGUUCUGAAUAUGAUGAAUGAAUGGAAGCUCAGAGAAAUGAGGGACAACUGCAGAGUCUUCACUUUCCUCCAUGAGACCAUGCAUCUGCAGCUGGUGUUUGAAAAGGCCAAUGGUAAUGAUGCCAACACUGAGCAGAAAAUAACACACAUCACUUUUAAACUGGAACUUGAUGAUGAGAAGUCACAGUGCCAUGCACGCCUUGUUCACAAAUUGGUCUCCGAGUACAUUGAAGGUGAAAGUUGCUGGGUAAAGAAAUACCCAACAAGAAGACAAGUACCAAAGCUUCUCCAUGAUGUCAGCCUGGUGGUGAGUCGAUGUCGUCUUCUGGGAGAGGAACUGCGUCUCCUGAAACUGUGGGGAGGUCUACGGCUGGAUAUACUCGACAUCAGCUGCAUGGACACAAAAGUGCGCAUUGUCUUCAGCAGUCUGAAGAAAUUUUCCAAAUUUGAGGUCGUCUUUGCCAUCUGUCUCAUCAACCACUUCUGUGUCCUGCAAGUAGAGAGCUUUAAAAACAUCAUUGGAAGCACAACGAUUCAACAGAUUGAAGACAUUGUGGCUUCGUUCACUCCCGCCAAAAACCUGCUGACAAAGACUGUCAGAAAGAUUCAUGAAGUGUUAUUAUGUUGAGACCAGGAAUGAGUCCAGGAUCACAUUUUGAUUCUAGUUGUUUGUAAUUAAAGUCUGUUGUACAGUAUAGACGGGAAAGACUAAAAACUUAAAUUCUUUUACAAAUCCAAGAAUAAGUAUAGUGUACAGAGUCUUAGUCUGAUGUUUCUUCUGAUGUGUGAAAGAUGUGCUGUUUUGCUUUUUGCUGUACACACAAACAGUUCUCACUGUACAAAGCUGUUCUGUUUCUGCAGACUUUAAUGUUCCAAUAUGGGCAAAAAAAUAAAAAGAUGAAUUGGCUCAAAUGAAAGCUAUGUUUUGAGUUAAAAGGAUUUGCAAACAUUGAAAUCUAAAGAACUCUUAAAAAAAAAAAAAAACAGCAUUACUGACUGCACGAUUAUGGUCACUGUAGUUUAAAACAUAAAACCCUAUUAUUGUAUUAUUGUGGUGCAGUUUCCAGAGUUGCCUCUAGAUGGUGGACAUUACCCAUCACCUGUUGGAAGUUUUUGCUGAACCUCCCACAUGUAAAUAUCAGUAUCGCUUUUGUUUAUACUGAAAUGAUUAUAAGCACAUAAUCUCUUUCCAGGCUUUUUUAUUAGACAGCAGUAACUGUAAAAUAAACAUGCUUUGCAUUAUAA